AUGGUACCAGAAACACAGGAGGAGCCUCGACUGUCCUACAGGGAAGCACUGAAACCGAAAACGAACAAAAAUGGGGAACGAAGCAAGGACAGCAAGAUGGAGGAUGCCUGGGAUGGUAAUCUCUUGUACAGCGAUGAAAAUGCCAUGAAGGAGGGAGUUACGGUCUUGGACACUGAUCAUGGCCCACAGAUAAACUUCACAGAAAAAGAAAGAAGGCGACUAGAACAGAGCUGGCAAAACUCCCUCAUCGUGAAACUUCUGGGAGGGAACACUGGAUUCAUGCAACUGAGGCGCAAACUGCAAGUCCUUUGGGGAAAAAGUGGAAAUGUGGAUUUAUCGGUGAUAGGGAACGGAUAUAUGAUAGCUACCUUCCAGGAACUGGAUGAUUAUUACUGGGCGUUAGAGGGAGGCCCUUGGAUAAUCCAAAACAGUUACCUAACGGUACAAACGUGGAAGAGGAACUUCAAUCCAUGGAAUGAGAAGAUUCAAAAGGUAACUGUCUGGGUAAGGUUACCGGGACUGCCAGGUGAUUACUAUGACAGAAAAUUCUUCUACAACCUGGGCAAUAAAAUAGGUACUGCAAUAAGGGUUGAUGAGAUGACACUAUCAAGGGCGAGAACGAUGUACGCACGUAUGUGCGUUGAAGUCGAUUUGAAUGCACCUCUCUUGGGUUCAUACACCAUUGAUGGGAAUAGACUAAAGAUCGAAUAUGAAGGACUCCAGAUUAUUUGCUACCAUUGCGGCAGAUUCGGUCACGACCACGAUCACUGCCCCAGUAAGCAAAAUGCAGUACAGAAAAACACUCAGGCUGAAGACGCUGCAAGCAAGAACGCUGAUAAAAACGGAGUGAACAGACCGCCGGAAGUGGAACAGGGAAGCCGAUUUGGAGAGUGGAUGUUGGCACAACCUUCGAGGAGGGGAAGGCGGCCAAUGCAAAAAGAGGGUCAGAAUGUGUCAGCGAUAAAGGGGCUGAUCAAGGAGAGCCAUACCUCAAGAUACGCCGCCUUAGAAUCUGAAGAAGCGGAUUUCGAAAAUAAAGAGAAAGACGGGAUGGUACGAAAGCCCCCAAAGGACAUGUCCAGUGCCCCAAGGGGGAAAGAGAAAAAAGGGCAGACAGACACGCAGCCGAAAAAAAUGACGGAUGGACAGGGAAGAAGUUCGAAAGGACGUAAACCAAGCGGGAAAAAAGUAGGAGAUAUCGAAACAUCAAAAGAUAUGAGGUGGGGAACUGAACAAAUUGAAGCAGAGACUGAGACUAGCAUAGUAAAAAGGGGAAAAGAAGAGGCUUCAAGACUAGAAAAGGCCGGGAAAAAGAAGAUGGAAAAAAGUGGGCCAGAGAAAAUAGGCCAGGGCGAAAAAAGGGGGGAGCAACAAAUUGGGCCCAAGGAAAUAGACACUGGCCUAAUCGAAGGGAACCAAUUGGGACAAUACCGAAGCACACAAGAUGGGCCUCCGAGCAUCAGUGGGGGCAGAACAAAAAAUCAUGCAGGGAACAACGGCCUAGACUCACUCCCAAAUGAUGCAGACGAAGUUAUGGGCUGUGAGGAGGAGAAACCACCAGAUAGUGAUGACCCAAUGGAAGGUGUGGGCUUAGCAGAAUUAGAAAGCCAUAUUGAAGAACAGAGGAAGAUUGAGCUGCGAGAAGAGAACGGGAGCCACAAGUUGCUGUAA